CGGUCCUAAGCAUUCCUGGCAUCGUUGUCCGCAAUUCCUCCCUCUCUUCAAUACUCGGGACAGUCAAUGAUCCAUUUGCGCCUUCUCCGACCCUUCGCUUAACCCAACUAUCGACUGUCGACAUCACCUUUUCCCCGUUGCGUGCCAGGAGGUUACCCUUUACCAAGAGUAUCCGCUUAAUUCCUAUCGUUAAAGAUCCACAGCGCCACCGACCCCGAAUUCUACUUGCGACCCUUCCUCACUACCAAGCCUGUCCGAACUAGUUGUCGGCUUUUGUCGCAGCACCAUUGUCGCCCACGUCCCCGACGACACUCCAACACUCCUUUAAUUCCUACCCUGGAGUCGAGGCUUCGAUAAUAUCAGCCAAAAUGCCUCAGUACGCCUCUCGCGAUGUCGGCGACCCGUCGCAAAUCAAGAAGAACAAGCAAAGCAUGGCCGAUCUAAAACUCCGUCGAUUGACCGAACUCAAUAACCGACUACGUGAGGACUUGGAAAGGGAGAGGAUUCCGGUUAGCCAGGCAGCCAAGAGCAUAAUCACCUACUGCAACAGCACACGAGACUACAUGGUACCAAGUGUUUGGGGGCCGGUGCCCAAGUCCGAAGACCCGUAUUUGCCACAACAGAGCAGCGGGUGCUGCGUCGUCAUGUAAAUUGCCAACUGCGAAAAGCUACGACAUCAAUGUGGCGACAAAAGGGGAGGACAUUCGAGUCACUCUGUUUAGCACGGGCGAUCAGUUCAGCUUUUCGAAACAGCGAUUCCUACGAAAGUCUUUUGGAGGGGCGGACACCGUCGUUUGCAAGCGGGAUUGGAUCCGGACGGAGUUGGUUUGGAAGGCCGAGAACGUUAUCGGAGAUUAUGAGCGAUCAGAUGUCCAUCAUCGGGAGGGAAAGAGGUCGACAUUUUUUCAGUUCGUCCUUGUCGCCGCCAUUAUCACGAUACGUCAAACCGGGGAGAAAGGUUUUGAGGAGUGAAGACACGACGGCUGGCCUGACCAUAAUGCUUAUUCAAAUACCCCCAUCCGUUACUUCGGAUCUACGGCAGGCAGGCUCGGCAGACUCUUCAGCAUGUAAUACCUUUUUAUUUUUCUAUAUUUUUUUUCCUUCUUUUUUCGCUUCUUAUUCCCCGGUUGUACUCUUUUAUACUCGGCCUUCUCGAUUCCCUUUUUUGUCUUUUACAUGUGUAUAUCCUGCUUCAUGAAGCGCUUUUCGCGCGGCUUCCUCUUCUGGGUCUGGAAAGGAAGGGGCUUACGACAUGAUAAGUGAGGCAAAUGAAAUGCACUAGACUAUCGAUUCUACUCAAACUGAUGAUAUUUGAAUG